CCUGUGCUCUCUGCAAGCUCCUCUGGGCUGUUCCCUGUUGAGAAAACAGGAGGAAAAACAAAACCCAAGCAAACCCAGCCCCUUCUGUCAGCAGCUCCCUUGGAGGAUUCCGCAGCUGGAAACCCGCCCUGCCAGACUGCGGGAGCUCUCAGUCCCUCAGCAGACAUGAACGUGAAAACUGUGCUGAUCCUCCUCGUCCUGGCUUUAGCCACGAUAUUUGCUUUAGUCUGUGUGUUGCUGACCAGAGGGAGGGCCCCCAGCACCUGCCAGCACCAGCCCCUGGAGCAGGAUGGUGUCGAUGAUGGGCAGAGCCUGGUCUUUGCCGACCUGACACCCGAAGAGCUGGCGCAGGUGGUGCGGUACCUGCAGGGGAACCUCGGGGUGCCGCUGGUCGACGCCUCGCGUGCGAAACCCUCGGACAACUGCAUCGCCUCCGUGGACCUGCAGGUCCCCGCCAAGGCAGAGGUGCUGCGGUUCCUGGAUGGCGGGGGGGCCCGACCCCCGCGGGAGGCGCUGGCUGUGCUCUACUUUGGGAACCAGCCGGAGCCCAACGUCACCGAGUACGUGGUGGGUCCGCUGCCGACACCGGCGUAUCACCGGGACGUCACGGUGCAGAAGUACGGGGGGAAGGUGCCGUAUCACCGCAGACCCGUUACUGGCAGGGAGUACAUGGAUAUCAAUGCCCUCAUCCAGCGGGAGCUGAGAAAGGCACUGCGCUUCCUCACCGUGUGCUGCGACUCCGAUGGGACUGACCUGGCCAUCCUCACAACGGCACCGCGGGGCUUCAAGUCUGGUGACCGUGCGACCUGGUUUGUCCUCUUCCACAGCUUGGCUGGCACUGGCUACUACCUCUCGCCGGUGGGGCUGGAGGUGCUGGUGGAGCACAGGGACCUCCACGUCUCCCGCUGGCAGCUGCGCCAAGUCUUCUACAACGGCCAGUACUUUGCCAGCAUGGGGCACCUGGAGGCUGCGUUCCUGGACAACUCGCUGGAGGUUGUCAGGAUCGAGAACCUUCAGGCUGAAGCAGGGCUGGGUUCAAUGAGACCCCGGCGCCUACCCGGGCCCCCGGCUCCGCUGCAGUACGAGCCCCAGGGUCCCCGCUAUCACGUCAGGGACAACCGCGUCACCUUCCAGGGCUGGAGCAUCGCCUUCGGCAUGAACCUCUACUCUGGCCCGCGUCUCUUUGACAUCAGGUACCACGGGGAGAGGAUUGUCUAUGAGCUGAGUCUCCAGGAAGCCUUAGCCCUGUAUGGCUCCAACUGCCCUGGGGGCAUGUCGACCCGCUACCUGGAUGGGAGCUUUGGCAUCGGCAGGUUUGCCUACGAGCUCGUCCGGGGGCUGGACUGCCCCUACACAGCGACCUACGUGGACCGGCACUACCUGGUGGAGUCAGACACCCCCAAAACCAACCAAAACUCGCUCUGCAUUUUUGAGCACGAUGCUGCCCUCCCUCUGCGGCGCCACUUCUCUGACUCGCAGUCCUUCUACUACGGCGGGCUGCGGAAAAACACGCUGGUCAUCCGUGCCAUCUCCACUCUCAUCAACUACGACUACAUCUGGGACUUCAUGUUCCACAGCAGUGGGGCCGUGGAGGUCCGGGUGCACGCCACUGGCUACAUCAGCUCCUCCUUCUUCCACGGCCAAGGCACCGACUACGGCAACAGGGUCGGGCCCCACACGCUGGGGACGAUGCACCUCCACCACGUCCACUACAAGGUGGACCUGGAUGUCGACGGGCAGCUGAACUCCGUGGAGACCCAGGACAUGGGGUACAAGCUCAUGGCAGAACCCUGGAGCAUGCAGAACACCAUUGAGCGGCUGUACCUCCGCAGGAAAAGGCUGGAGAGGGAAGACGAGGCAGCGUUCCCACUCAACGCUCCCAUGCCUCGCUACAUCUCCUUUGCCAGCCCCAAUCCCAACAAGUGGGGGCAUCUGCGCAGCUACCGGAUCCAGAUCUCCAGCUUCGCCGGGGAGCACCUGCCCACCAGCAGCUCCAUGGAGAGGUCCAUCAGCUGGGGCAGGUACCAGCUGGCCGUCACCCGGCGGAAGGAGGAGGAGCCCACCAGCACCAGCAUCUACAACCAGAAUGACCCCUGGACGCCCACCAUCGCCUUCGCCGACUUCAUCAACAACGAGACCAUCACCAACGAGGACCUGGUCGCUUGGAUCUCCGUGGGGUUCCUGCACGUCCCCCAUGCUGAAGACGUCCCCAACACAGUGACCGUUGGCAACGGCGUCGGCUUCUUCCUGCGGCCCUACAACUACUUCAGCGAGGACCCCUCAGUGAACUCGCCUGACAGCAUCUACUUCAGCAGCGAUCAGGACGCUGGGGUGUGCGGGGCCAACCCCCUCGCCUGCCUGCCCCCCACUGCCGCCUGCACCCCCCACCUGCCCCCGUUCCGCUACGGGGGCUUCCUCAACCUCAGCCUGGCUGUGCCGGCCGGCGGGCUCUGACGGGGAUGGGGACAGGGCUGCCGCUGCCCCCAUCCCCGGCGGUGCGGGUGGUCCGUGUCCAGCCAUCAGGUGGUCCCUGGAGGGGCUCUGCCGCCACACCGGGACCUGCCCUCCUGUGCCUGGGAUGCGGCAUGCUCAGGGUCAGGUUUUUGGAGGAGCUCAGCUCUUGUUCCAGCACUGCAGUACUGCUGAAGGCAGCCUCGUCUCUGAAACCCCCUGAAGAACAGCCCCAAGGAGGGAUUUUUGGAGACUCCAUCCAGGAUGCCACCCAAAGUGCGGUGGGGUGCCCACUGCCACUCUCCUCCUCUGGCACCGGGGCUCCCGCCACCUCCCCAAGGUAGGUGGCUACGCACAGGGUGCCGGUGUUGGCCAGGGCUGGGCACCACACAAAGCCACAGCUCCCCUCGGAGCCAUGGUCCCCACCAAGGUUUUGCCCAGGCUGGCAGGAGCAGGCGGCUGGUGGGAGCCAGCAGCUCCAGGAUGCCCAAACCAUCCACCCCAGCCCCGCAGCCACUGCAGCUCUGGGGCUGCUGGGGUUCUGGCGGCGCUGAGCUCCGGCUGCUGUGGUGGUGCCAAGCUCUGGGAAGAGCGACAGGGAAAAUGCUGGGCAGCACCGGGACCCCCGCAGGAGGAGCUCACUGCAGGACCACGGGAUGGGCACUCCCUGGGCUGAGCUACGCCACAUCCACCUUCCCCAAUAAACACGCACUUGGGUGCUUCUCCUGACCAAA